GCAUUGUAUCAUUUCAUGCAAAUACGCAAAUCCCCGGCUGACCUUCUCACAGUUCUGAUUCAGACUUCAAUCGCGAUGUACGUUCUCGCCAUCGUAGGCAUUCUACUCUUGCUCAUUUUCGUCCUAUACGAAAUUUAUCUCCGAUCGCUACCAAGCUAUCGGGCAGCCAAAUACUUCCCCGGUUAUCCUGUGUAUCCGGUUAUCCAGAAUGUCUUCACCGCAAUGUUCAAGAAUCAAACCGGAACUUUUGAACAGGCGCGACAAUGGGCGCGUAUUUUCAACCACCGGACGUACCGAAUACUGAUAAACGGAGUCCUGUGCAUACAGAUCAUCCAUCACAGGGACGUUGAGAUGCUAUUGUCGAGUUCUCGGCUGAUAACCAAGAGUCUGCUGUACAAACUGAUCGUUCCAUUCAUUGGUGACGGCCUGCUCAAUAGUACCGGAGAAAAAUGGCACCAAAGAAGGAAGAUUCUGACGCCCACGUUCCAUUUUAACAUUCUUCAAGGAUUCUUGCAAACUUUCCACGAGGAAUGUCGAAAGUUGGUAACACAACUCGAUAAGGACAGCGCGCAAGGAAUCACUACAAAGCUGCAGCCAUUAUCGACACAAGUUACUCUGAACACAAUCUGUGAAACUGCCAUGGGUAUUAAGCUGGAUACGUCGGAAUCAGCAGAAUUGUACAAAAGAAAUAUCCGGGAGGUCGGCACAUUCAUUGAACGACGGAUUAUGAACCCUCUGCUGUUCGAUGAUACGAUCUACAAGAUCACCGGUUACAAGGCCAAGUUCGACAGGAUUCUUCGUCCGAUCCAUGCCUUCACCAACGACAUCAUCCAACAGCGGAGAAGCACUUUCCGUGCAACCAUGCAGGACUUAGACUCCUACCCGGAAGAAAACAGAUACACCAACAUCAAACAACGCUACGCCAUGUUGGAUAGUCUCCUUCUGGCGGAAGCAAACAAUCAAAUCGACGCCGAAGGAAUCCGCGAGGAGGUCGAUACGUUCACCUUCGAAGGCCACGAUACAACCGGAAGUGCGUUCGUGUUCAUAUUUCUGCUGAUCGCUCACGACCAACUCGUUCAACAGCGACUCUUCGAAGAAGUACAAUCCAUGUUUAACAACCAGUCUAACCUAACCGUCCAGGACUACAGCGAUCUCAAGUACAUGGACCGGGUGAUCAAGGAAUCGCUUCGGAUCUAUCCACCGGUGCCGUUUAUCUCCCGCCUGAUCACCGAAGACGUUCGCUACGACGGCAAGUUCGUCCCGAAGGGAACGAUCAUGAACGUGGAAAUUUACGAUUUGCAUCGGGAUCCGGAGCAGUUUCCCGAUCCAGAACGGUUCGAUCCGGAUCGGUUUCUGCCGGAGCAGGUUCAGCGGAGGAGCCCCUAUGCAUACGUGCCGUUCAGUGCCGGACCGAGGAAUUGCAUUGGUCAACGUUUCGCCAUGCUGGAGCUGAAGGCCAUCCUGACUGCAGUGCUACGCGAGUUCCGGGUUCUGCCGGUUACCAAACGAGAGGAUGUGGUGUUUAUUGCCGACAUGGUCCUUCGUUCGAGGGAUCCGAUCGUGGUGAAAUUUGAACGACGCUAAGGUUGAUUACUGACUGAUUGGAUGGACCGGCGUUGAUCCAGUGAAUGACAAGAUUUUUUCAGGAAAAAGAACCAAUUGCACACUGUUGAGGUUACCCAACUGUUAUAUUUUUAAAUUGUAGAAUCUAAUAUACUUUCAGUUAAUAAAUGUUUCCUUAAUAGCCCAGCAAACCUUUA